CCUUGACUCGGACUCCUGAUUUACAAACCAACCCCCCUCGUCACGUUUACAUUCGCACUUUGAAUCUUCCAAUUCCUUCUCCCCCCUUUUCAAUUUCUAACAUCAAUCACACCAGAUAAACCCUAGAAAACGAUCAUAAACACUUCACAUCAAACACACACACACGUACGGAGACCAUAUUCACAGCAGAAUCGUUAGCAAUGGCGUCACACAUGAGCAUGGGGGAAGCACACAGAAGAAUAACGGAGUAUCUGAAUCGUUUCGUCGACGUCAUUUCGUAUCAAGACGGAACUUCUCUUAAAAACCUACUUUAUCUAUCGUCUGAAUCACCGUCUUUUCUCGCACUCGCCGAUGCCCUAAAUAUCUUCCAGGAUGCUAACAGAGUGAUCAAACAAGCAGAUAAAUAUUCCCAAUAUGCUGAAAUAGUAGCUCCAUUAUUUCGUGCUAUGCAAAGUUACCGGGUCGGCCAUUUGGUUGAAUCAUAUCAAGCAUUUGAGAAAUCAGCAAAUGCUUUUAUUCAGGAAUUUCGGAACUGGGAAUCUGCAUGGGCGUUAGAAGCAUUGUAUGUGGUUGUAUACGAAAUUAGGAUUUUGGCUGAGAAGGCCGACAGAGAGUUGGCUUCCAAUGGAAAAACACCUGAGAAACUAAAGGCAGCUGGGUCAUUCCUCAUGAAAGUGUUUGGUGUGCUUGCGGGAAAAGGACCAAAACGUGUUGGAGCGCUAUAUGUCACUUGCCAAUUGUUCAAAGUCUAUUUCAAGCUUGGCACCGUUCAUCUUUGCCGGAGUGUGAUAAGAAGCAUUGAAACAGCUCGUAUAUUUGAUUUUGAGGAAUUUCCAGUCAGAGAUAAAGUAACCUACAUGUACUACACUGGUCGCUUAGAAGUACUUAACGAAAAUUUUCCAGCUGCUGAUCAUAAAUUAUCAUACGCGCUAAAACACUGUGACCCUCAAAGCGAAGCAAACAUAAGGAUGAUCUUGAAAUAUUUGGUACCCGUGAAGCUUUCGAUAGGGAUCUUACCUAAAAAAUCACUCCUCGAGAAGUAUAAUCUAGUUGAGUAUAGUGACAUUGUGCUAGCCAUGAGAAGAGGUGAUCUCAGACUUCUUAGACAUGCACUCGAGCAGCAUGAAGAUCGAUUCUUGAGAUCAGGUGUUUAUCUUGUCCUUGAAAAGCUAGAGCUUCAGGUCUACCAAAGACUCGUAAAGAAAAUCUAUAUUAUUCAAAAGCAGAAGGACCCGAGCAAGGCACACCAGAUCAAGUUAGAAAUGAUUGUUAAAGCGUUGAAAUGGCUCCAGAUGGAGAUGGAUUUGGAUGAGGUUGAAUGUAUAAUGUCGAUUUUGAUAUACAAGAAUCUGGUGAAAGGGUAUUUUGCACACAAGAGCAAAGUGGCGGUUCUAAGCAAGCAAGACCCGUUUCCUAAACUAAAUGGCAAGCCAAUCAACGCGUAACGUGGAGCCAGCGAGUGUAUGGAUAAUGAUUUGUGAAGAUAAUGAAUUCCCAUUGAUACAUAACAACAUUACUUAAAAUGUCCUUAUGAUUAUAAAACAUCCACGCGUCGCCUAAUCAGCUAUGACCCGCUCUAGAGAUAUGCUUCUCGCACAAAACUUACAUAACCCAACCAACCCUGCCAUUUGGCAACCGGUUCCAGUCACAGGUUACUACUUUUAACUGUCUUUAAACCUUCACGGGUUAAGCAAAUCUGGAUGCUGAUCAUUGUUGUGACUUAAUUGGUAAGAAGCUGUUGUGGUGAAUACAAAUGGUUCAAGUUUUUGUGCUCUUCAAGCUCCAGAAAGUUGUAUGGAACAUAAGAUUAUUGAGGCACAUCAAAACUACAAUAGUAUAUUGUUGUUUGAUGUUUUACUGUUAGGAGUAUAUACAGGGAAAAUCACGAGAACAAUCAUAUUUUGGUAUAUUUAUGUGACUGACGAUGCCAAACAUUUUACCUUA